AGGAAGUGCAGGUUGUAAGUGUGCAGCGGGGAAAUGCCAAAUAAUUUGCGAGGUUUAUCUUUCAGUGCUGAUCCACGCGACACACUUCAGCAGGCUCUGAGAAAACCUUCACAGCUCAUAUGGGGCAUUGGACAUGAUGUCCACCAUGAAGUUAGGCGGAAUUAUGUCUAUUUCUGUCCUGGUUUAUCUGCUGAUGCUUCAGUGUCAAGCCUUCAUCAUCAGAGAAGUUCUAGUGAAAGACUCUGUGACGUUCCCGUGUUCCUGCACUGGAAACUGUCCGGUGGUUCAGUGGAGUCGCUUCAUUCCCAGUUACACCAUUGUGGCUAAAUGGAAGUGUCCCAGAGGACAGAAUUUACAGAAAAGAUUUGAAAUAUCAGGAGAUACCAGCAGAGGAGAUUUCUCCCUGAUGAUCAUCUCAGUAGCCUACAAUGAUGGCGGCUCCUACAGGUGCAGCUGUAAUGGAGAAACAGUUAGUGAAGUGAAGAUGAAGGUUCUGGUGGCGACAGUUGUAAAGGUUCAGGAGAAGCAGAAUGUCACCCUCCCGUGCUACGGAGACACUCGGAGACAAGAUGUUAAAGAUGUACAGUGGAAGAAGGAUGGAGGAAAGGUUGUGCUGUACACUCAUGCAAACAGAUCAGUGACUACUGAUGAAGCAGGAAGCAGAUUUAUGAUGUCAGUAGAAGACUUUCUGGAUGGUGAUCUCUCUCUCCACAUCAGUUCAGUUCACCUGUCUGAUGCAGGAGAAUAUCGGUGUCUCAUUGAUGGUGAAUCUCAGGAUGGAGAACCUUCAGCUGUUGUUCUGAAGGUAGAAGAACUACAACAGCAAACCAGCAGCAGCAGCAGCAGCAGCGAGGUUACAGUAAUGAUAGUAGGAAUUGUCAUGUCUGUAGCCGUUUUCAUCGGACUGAUCGUUUGGAUUGUAACAUGGCUCAGAGAUUCCCCUGCAUUCCAGGCCAGGAACAGUCCAAUUCCAAUUUUAAAUGUAUCACAGUUUUAACCUUGUUUGUUGUAAGAAAACAAAAAGAACAUGCAUGCCAGUUUGUACAGAAGGUAUAUUAGACCUGAAUUCCAUGUAUCUGAAAAAAAAAAACUAUCUUGAAGGACUGGAUUAAAGUGUUAUUAAGGCAGUAAACCUACAUUACAGCUUCAGUAUUACUGAUCUAAAGUUCUCAGACUCUAAUUAAGUCUGCUUGAAGGUCUGAUGGGGUUUGGAUUACAUUUGACUGUAAUACUAUUCUAACUGGU